AUGUUGAUAACAGAUUUAAAUGACGACGAGUUAAUAAUUAUAUUUUCGUAUUGUACGGAAAGUGACCAUAAACAGCUAGUGAGAACCUGUAAUUUGUUUGAAAAACUCAUAGAGGAUAAUUUUUUUGAAAGGAAAUGCCGACCUUUUCUAAUGGUUAGUCACAUGAAAGCUCAUCCUGAAGUUUUUGAACGAACUUUGAAUGGCUAUAUGAAGUAUUCUGAAAGAAUUAAGACACAUCAGAACUGGAUGUAUGGAACUUGCCGUCAAAUUGUAUUUUUUCAACACCGUGAAAAUUAUGAAUCUCUUUUGGAACUAGACAGCAACUAUCUCUAUACGACAGCUUUAGGACAAUUCAAUUUAUUUAAAAGGAGACGUAAGGAUGGUAUCGACACUGACCCAAUUUUAUCUAUUGGAGAUAAAAAUGAUUCAAAAAUAGCUAGUCUUAAGCGAAGAGAUUAUAUGAUUGCAGGCUGUAGAUUAAGUGGAACAAUAUUCACGUACGAUGAAGAAAACGAGUACAAUGAAGAAUUUGUGAGAGAUUCGAUUGAUCCUUUAUUAGAUUUAGACUUCGUUGGUGACUUUUUUGUAACAACGUCCAGAAGAGAUACAAUUUUUCAUAAAUUGAGUUGCGAAUUAGGCAUGUACACAUUUGAUUUCUCAAAAAACUUGAAUAUAGGAUUCAAUUCGAUUGAUAUAAAUCCAUUAUGUGACAAGAUUUUGGGCGCUAAAUCAGAUUCUUUGCAUAUAAUCGAACCAGUUAAGGCAUUAGUUUCAAACAGCUAUCUUAACAGAGCACAAAUAUAUAAUACAAAAUGGUUAAACAAUAAUAGCUUUGUAUUCACUUCUAAUACUAAUCCACUCUGUUUAAUCGACACAAGAGACUUUAAGAGGCAAGAAUUUUCAUGUGGAAACUUUAGUGCAACAUCUGUGGACUAUGAUGGAAAUAAUGGCUUGAUUUAUGGGACCCUGCUUGGAAUGAUAAUUUUAUGUGAUAUAAGGAUGCCGCGGACAUUUGAAAAAGUGUUUCAUCUGGAUACACCAGCUAUAUGUAGAAAUGUAAAAUCGGACGAAAGACAUCUUUACAUUUCAACAGACAAUGCUAUACACAUGCUUAAUUUUGAUUAUUAA